GAUGCUUUGGGGCGGACAGGGAGAGGGGGCAGAGAGAGCGUGGCAGAGGUAGAGAGGGUGAGUUUCUAUCGUAAGGGGACGAAGGAACCACAGAUCCUUUUUCUCUUUGCAUUUCACCUUUAGGAAGAAAAAGAAGAAAAAAAAAGGAUAUGAAAAGAACAUGAAAGAAAGAAAUCGUCAUUAAACGCACUACGAAGUUCUCUCUUUCCCUCUCUUCCUCCAUCUCGCACCUCUCUCAAUUUAAUCUUAAAUCCACUCCAAUUUCCCCCGAGGGACUCAAUUCUCUCUUUUCCUCGAGAGACAGAAGGAGAGGGGUCCAUUCCUCCUGGUAGAGUGACACCAGGAAUUCCCUCUCUCUCUCUGCUCCACUCCCUGGCUCCUCCACCCUCCCCUUCCACCAUGACACUGCUGGCCUCUGAGAGGUCGCUUCUCAUCCGGAACAAGUUCCGCUCAGUCCUGCAGUUGAGGAUUCAGAACCGAAGGCAGAGUGAAAUCAAUGCAGACCCUGGGUUGAAAUCUACUUGUCCCCCUCAAAAAGCAGAGAAAGACCAGAGUGAAGCUCUGAGUCUAACUGACGAUGGUGCCGCUCAGAAGUUGCCCCCUAGUGGUCUGAAAACUGAAACUGCACAAGCAAGGACUGUGAGUGGGGCCCAGAGGCAGAAGAAGGCUCGCCAGGCGCAGGACCUCACUGAGAGGAUCCAACGUCCGCUUGGACCUGUGGAGCAAAAGCACGAACACACACUGCCCCUGGAGAACCGUCCUGCCUCUUUCCCUCUGUCAGCUGAUGUCUUCGAAGAUGACAUCUCCUCCUGCUCCUCCUCCUCGCCCACUGAGCAACAUGGCGUUCACCAAUCACCAGCAUUUUCUUUAUUGCCAGGGCUCUCAGGUGACCAAUUACUGAGUGACUUCUCAGCUGCGGGCCCACCCCUAAACCAUAGCUCCGGCAAUACUCAGUCUGGUUUGGCGUUGCUCCCGGCAACCGAGGGCAUCAGACAACCAAUGAGUGUAAUACUGGGUGAAUCAAACUCCAUGGCAACAACUGGGAGACCAAAUGGGAUGUAUCUGACCUCUCAGACCACACCCCUGCUGCCAAAGACAGCUCGGCCUCCCAGCCCCACCUGCUCCUCCUCCCUGCCACCCUCCCUCAACUUCAACCAUCUCCCCCGUCCACGUAAACCGCGGGACACCAAACCCAAAAUGAGGAAACUCAAGUAUCACCAGUACAUUCCUCCAGACCAGAGAGGAGGGUCUGGGACUGGAGGCGGAGGAGCCAAACAGAAGAGCCCUACCCCUACCCAGUCUUUAGACCCUGCCUAUUCCCAUCUCCUGAAGCAGCAGCAGGUCUUCCUCCAGCUGCAAAUCCUUCAGAAUCAGCAGCAGCAGCAACAGCUACAACCACAACAACAGCUCACUGUUGUGCCCAGGGGAGAUCACAAUGAUCAUGUGAAGUCCUCUGGAGCCAUGCCCCUGAAUCCCCAACCUGUUCCCGCCACAACAAACCACACCUCUGUGGACACAAACCCUGCGUCCAAGCCUGAACUUCUCCCUGCAAAUCUUGUUGAUCUAACAGUGUCAGAGUUGCGGCAGCAGUUGCGUAAGCGCGGCCUCCCUGUCUCCGGCACCAAGCCCACUCUGUUGCAGCGUCUCCGCCCCUUCCAGCUUCCCCACUCUUGCCUCACCCCUGCUCCCCUCUGCCAGCUGGGUACCAGCCUGGAGCCCCUCACCCCCUACGCCCCGCUGCCACCCAGCCAAAGCCCUGGCUCAAGCUCCAGCUCAGGACUAGACUCACCCUGCAGCAGCCCGAACCAACAGAUGUACAUCCCGGACAGGGGAAUUCCUAAUGGGAUUCUCAGUGACGCUCCAAAUGGAGUUCCGAAUGGAAUUCUGAACAUUGUGCCGAAUGGUUUCUCGAAUGCUGCGUCAGUUAAUUCGGCAGGUGAACAGUAUGGUCUUACCAACGCUGUCUUCCUGGCUCCUGCCAGCACCGCCUCAGGAACUCCAAGUCCCAGUCUACCCAUGUCGUCCUCCUCACCCCUGCAGUGUGGGACUCCCUGGAGAACUGAGAACAAGCAGCAGCAACAACAGCAACAGGAGCUGAGUGUGGAGCUGGAGAUGAGGAAGAGGUUAAGGAGCAGGCCCAGGGACCGCUCCACUAACACUGGCAACGAGUCUUGUGGAGGAUCCCUUCAUCCGUUCCUGCAACAGGAUCCUGGAUGCUCUAGAGGCAAGCCAGAAACAGACGCACAAACAGAGGUGUUGUUUACACAGGUGUUUUGCUGCCAACCGUGUGAUGUGAUUGGCCAGGAUUUUGAGCUGCCAGUGCAGAUUACCGCAAGUCCUGUUCAGACCUUGCCUGGUGUUCGCAGCUUGGAGGAAGAACUACAGGAGGCUAUCCAGAAAGCACAGAUGGACCCUCGGCAGUCCAUAGAUGACAUUCUGGAUGAGCCUAUGACUUGUGUUGGCUCUGUCAAUGUCUGUGAUCAUAAAUCCCCUGCCCACUCAGUCCCCGGCCUUUCACCUCCUCCUCCUCAAGCUGAUCAGUCACAGGCCUCCCAGCAGCACAACAAGGAUGACAACUUCCUGCCCUCACCUCUUUGCUCCUCUCUCUUGCUGGAGCUUCCUCCAUCUCCUGCUGUAAUAAACCCUAGCCAGGUGAUCCCAGCCCCAGCCCCACCCCUCUGUACCUCCCCUCUGCCAUCCACUGGGAAGUCACGGAAACGACGGGCUCCGACGCUGUUUGACGCUGCUGACUGGCUUGAAAUGCUUACAUCUGGCCUCCGCCCUCUUACUCCACCGACAGCUCCUUUUGUUGAGUCAGACUUCAGUCUGGAUUCAGAUCUGAAUGUCAGUCGAGUGUUGGAUCUAAUGAUAGAGCAGUGGUGAGGACUUGUGUGCGCAUAUCUGUUUGUACUUGUAUGUACAGUAGGUGAGCGUCAUAUUUUUUGAUGGUCAUGAAUGGGGGAAAGUGUAUGCAUCCUACUGAGGGCACAAGAUUGUGAAUAGCAGCCUCCAUCCAUCCAUUCAUCCAUCCAUCCAUCCAUCAUUGAAAGGCUGUCAGAGUCACUGGCUCCACGCAAUGUCGAGAGCUGGAUUUAUUGCUAGCUUUGAUGGGGAACGAGAGCACAAACACAUGCACACACAUACGCACACAUAGACACUGCAGAGCGCUGUUUAAAGGCACUUGGGCUCAGCCAGAAAUGGCAAACAAGCAACACAUCUGUGGAUCGACACACUCCACAGCACAAUGUUUACAGUGCAAAACAAAAGAAAACCUGGUGGCAUAUUUAUUUAAACAUGCUUCCUGGCUGCGCUGGGAGAAUGUUGUUUCUGACUUAUCUCCAAAACCCGUUGUCGGAUUGGGUUGAGUGUGGCCCCUGGUGUUGACUCAGUCAUUGAGUCCUAGCCAUUCAUAAAGCCCAUUUAGAGUGUGUAAAAGCCAGACAGAGCACACAGCUUGUGUGUGGCUCCACACCCUGGUGCCAGACACACAGUCGGCAUGCAGAGGGAGAAAUCUGGCAGAAGCUACAAACAAGCAGUAUGUGUGCAUGCUCGUGCGUGUGGGCAAGUGUAUGUGUAAGCUUGUGUCUGUAUGCGUGUUAAGUAUGCGUGUGUUCAAUAUGUCUGACUGUGUGUGACUGCGCACACAAGGCUGCUUUUGUUUGUAUGUGUCAACACCCAAAUGCUUCCAUGUAUAUUUAUAAGCAUUAAUGCCAAAUGCACUUGUUUGCUUACAAUUAAGUGUGCCUGUUUGUGUGUGGUAUGAUUGAUCUGUGAGAAGAUACGUGUGAAAGACACAGAAAAGAAGCUGUGGAUUUCUGUGUCCACAUUUCAGACCAGACUUUUUAUUGUAGUCUCAUUGCCAGCAGGCAGUAACUCCAGUGUAGUUAUCCAGUGUAAUCAUUAGAACAACCACAUUACCUUGUUCAAGUCACUGUUCUCCAGGAGAGCAAUCAGGCAACCACCCCAAAAAUAGGUCCCAUACAAAUGCACCAAUCAGACAAGUGAGUUUCCUCAUUGCUUUGCAAAAACAGGUGGCCAUUUUGUUCCCUGAUUAACCCCAACAGUGUCUGGCCCACUGCACAGUGCUUACUCUGCUACUAGAAAAGCCAGAUUUAGCACAAUUUCUAGCCCAACCCCAAGGACACACCUGUUCACUUAGUGUAAGUUAAUUCCACAAAAUGUUUUAUUUGACAUUGUUAAUUCUUUGCUGUACAUUUGACAUUUGACCAUUACUAUUGAGAGAAAAUGCACUGUAGAAUUAGCACAAAAUAAUAUGUUUGGAGAACAUGUAACAUGUCACAUGACCAGAGGUGAGCUUGUCAGUUGAAGCUUAUACAGUAAAUGCUGCACAUUUUCUUAAUGGUGACAGUAAUCUUGCUUUUAUAUUCUACAUGAUUUAUUGGUCAUGCAGAAAUGGGCACAUUAUUUGUUUGCAUAAUACACUUUCAGUGAGUUAUGUCCAUUCUUAACCCCACUUAACACAAUGACAUUAAUGGAAAAAAAUCUAACAGAGGUUAGCUGCCAUCAACCUCUGCUGCACCAGAUAAAUGUAAUUUAGAUACAAGAUCUCAUCUACAUGAAUUCAUAUUCUGCCCUUAAUUUGGCUGCAUGUCCCAUCAAUCUUUUUGGAGAGCUCUGAUUGGCUCAUUCUUAUCUGGAAAUAUCUUUGUAUCAUUAAGACCACUUUAUUUUGAACAAAAAGGAAAGUUUUGCUUCCUUCCUUGGUUUUGUGUUAAACUAAAGGGUUAAGUGCUGAGUGCAAUAUGAUUUGUGUAAAGGGUAUAUAAACUGGCAGAUCAUAGUAUGUUCAUGUCGUGUUUUUUGUACGCAAACUUUUCCGUGUUGCUGCAGUUCCUUGUUCUGAUGAUUAGCCGUUGUCUCACUAAGCAAGACAGCCACGGUAAAUUAUUGGAAGAAGAUAUCUGUGCAUAGGCAAAUCUUCAACACACAGCUUUAUGUUGAAGCAGUUCUUGUACAGCUUUCACUACAGAGACCAUGAAAAAUGCAGUUAAAUGUGGAUGGAUGGCUAUGAUAAUCAUAGCGAUCAAUAAACAUUGCCUGCUGCAUGAAAAAAAAUGAAAAGAAAAUUGAUAGGCAGGAGAGUAAGAUGCUACCUCCUGUGACUUCCAGUGCUUUAGGGCCAACACCAGUGUUUUCCUUGUUUCUUAUUUAAUUUCCAAACACUGGUGCAGAGUUUCCUGGAACACUCCUGAGACAGUUUCGUAGGUUUGACUAAAACCCAGGUUUAAUACUUCUCUUUUAAACUGGGUUUGAUACUGACCUGAUUUGAAGCUGGUUAGGACAGACAUCAACUGGAAACACUCAGGUGUUUCAGGUAACUGAGACUCUGUUGGCCACUUCUGCUGCUAUAAAUGCCUUAUUGUGAAAAUGUGAGAGAAAAUGAAAUGUGUUUGCUUUUAUUUAUUAUGUAACUUAUUCAUGCAAAAGAUAUCAAUCACUGUCCAAAAUGUUUUUAAAAGCAUUAAGAAAAGUAAAGUCUUAAUAGAUUUUC